AUCCACGCCGUUCUGGAGAUGCACAUCUUGUGGAUUCUCCUCUGUCAUGCAGGUGUACACAGCUGAGACAGACUUACCAGAAAAGACAAAAGAGAAGAAACUAAGUGAAAAUUGGUUUCAAUGUAUGCACUGACAAGGAAGGAGAUUUGUUUGUUUCUUGGUCAUACAUCCACUGGACUCCAAAAGCUACCUGAGGAAGUAUACAGCGAGGAGUCAUCUUUCGAGGAAGUGUUUACUCUUUUAGGAUGUGUUCUCUCUGCUGUACCUCACAUUUUCCCUGGCCACCCUUUCAUUGGGAUGUAGUGAGGAUUGAUGGUUCAUACAGGCUUUUCCCCUAAACAUCUGCUGACUCUGGAAACCUGGCAUCAUGCCAGUGAUGAAGGGGCUGCUGGCACCCCAGAACACCUUCCUGGACACCAUUGCCACUCGUUUCGAUGGCACUCACAGCAACUUCCUCCUUGGGAAUGCUCAGGGUCACCGUGGCUAUCCCAUUGUGUACUGUUCGGAUGGAUUCUGUGAGUUGACGGGGUUCGGACGAACAGAGGUGAUGCAGAAGAACUGCAGCUGUCAUUUCCUAUAUGGCUCGGGCACUAGUGAGCAGUUUACUCAGGGUGUGGAGAAAGCACUGGAGAGCAAGGAAGAGUACCAGGCUGAGGUGCAGUUCUACAAGAAGAAUGGAAGUUCAUUCUGGUGUCUGUUGGACAUCGUGCCCAUUAAGAAUGAGAAAGGGGAGAUGGUGCUUUUUCUCUUUUCAUUCAAGGAUAUCACAGAAACAAAAGACAAGAGCCACCACAGCAGCAGAACUGAUGAUAAUAAGCCAUACAAAAGGACCACUGGGAACUCUCAUUUCAGUAAAGCCAGAAGGAGGGGUCACACCAUGAUUUACCAGCUAACCAGCCAGUUUACCCGUGACAGCAAAAAUGAUGUCAACUUAAACCGGGACAUGUUUGAAAAACCAUCCCUGCCUGAGUACAAAGUGGCAGCAGUCCAGAAGUCUCGAUUCAUCCUGCUGCAUUACAGUGUGUCCAAGGCAUUGUGGGAUUGGAUGAUUCUACUGGCUACAUUCUAUGUUGCCGUGACUGUGCCGUACAAUGUGUGUUUCACAGCGUACAGCGAUGUGGAGACUGCAGGCAGGAGCACGAUAGUUAGCGACAUUGCAGUUGAAAUGCUCUUUAUUCUGGACAUCAUCCUUAACUUUCGCACCACUUAUGUGAGUCAAUCAGGACAGGUGGUGUACGAGCCUCGCUCCAUCUGUCUACAUUACGCUACCACGUGGUUCUUCGUGGAUCUGGUGGCCGCGCUGCCCUUUGACCUGCUCUAUGCAUUUAACAUUACUGUUACAUCUCUAGUGCACCUGCUGAAAACUGUGCGAUUGUUGCGUCUGUUAAGACUGCUGCAGAAGUUGGACAGAUACUCGCAGUACAGCGCCAUGGUACUGACGCUGCUCAUGUCGAUGUUUGCUCUGCUGGCUCACUGGAUGGCUUGCAUCUGGUACAUCAUCGGGCGCAAAGAGAUGGAGACCAAUGCCAAUGGCGCCUGGGACAUUGGCUGGCUACAUGAGUUGGGCAGGCGUUUGGACAAGCCGUAUUUGAACAGUACAGUUGGUGGUCCUUCGGUUCGCAGUGCCUACAUCGCGUCUCUGUAUUUCACCUUAAGCAGUUUGACCAGUGUGGGCUUCGGCAACGUUUGUGCCAACACUGAUGCUGAGAAGAUUUUCUCUGUUUGUACUAUGCUCAUUGGGGCUCUCAUGCACGCUGUGGUGUUUGGGAAUGUAACAGCCAUCAUCCAGCGCAUGUACUCACGUCGCUCACUAUAUCAUACGCGCAUGAAAGAUCUGAAGGACUUCAUUCGUGUUCACCGGCUGCCACAGCAGCUGAAACAACGCAUGCUGGAAUAUUUCCAGACCACCUGGUCUGUGAAUAAUGGCAUUGAUGUCAAUGAGCUUUUACAUGAUUUUCCUGAUGAGUUGCGUGCCGAUAUAGCCAUGCACUUAAACAAAGACAUCCUGCAGCUGCCUGUGUUUGAUGGUGCUAGUAGGGGUUGCCUGCGCUCUCUCUCCCUCCAUAUCAAAACCACUUUCUGUACACCGGGGGAAUAUCUCAUCAGACAGGGGGACGCAUUGCAGGCCAACUACUUUGUCUGUUCUGGGUCAUUGGAGGUUCUAAAGGACAAUAUGGUCUUGGCUAUUCUGGGAAAAGGAGAUCUGAUUGGCUCAGACCUUCCAGGCCAGAAUCAUGUGAUCAAGACGAAUGCAGAUGUGAAGGCACUGACAUAUUGUGACCUGCAGUACAUCAGCAUGAAAGGUUUAAGUGAUGUUCUUGAACUAUAUCCCGAGUAUGCCAGCAUCUUCACUACUGACAUCCACCGAAACCUCACAUACAAUCUGAGAGAGGGCAGUGAGACUGAGCAGAACUACCCAGACUCCAGUGCAUCGACUGAGAAUAAGCGUCCAUCCAUUGUAGAAAAGGCUGAUGAUCCAGACAAGUACUUCCACGUCCCACCUGUUUCCAAUACAUGCCGAAACCUUCUUCUGCCCAAUCUAGGCAGCCCAGUACGACGUACAUCAUUAGGGAACCUUUUAGGGGAGGAGUUACUGCAAUUCAACACCCUGCGACAUUGUCGUUCACCUGUCAGGGGUUGGAGUCCAAACCCCUCCCCUAAACAUCAGACCAAAGUACAGAAACAAACCUUCCCACCUACAUCUACACCCAAAUCCACCCAUAGGACACAGCCAGAUUCUGGAGGUACAGGACGCAAACCUGCCAAACUGCUUAUACCCACUCUCAACUGCUUUGGACCACCAGAUCUUAGUCCAAGAGUUGUAGAUGGAAUUGAGGACAACGGACAUGUGUUUCGUUUUAAUGUGGAGGACACCACUGCCAAAACUAGUACAGCGACAUCACUGGGUAGCGAGAUACUGAACGGUUCUGGUCAGGUGAAUGCAUCACUGCUUCAGGAGACAAAAGAAGUGAGAGAGACCAUUGUCCAACUUAACAAGAAGAUGGGCAACCUGAAACAGGAAGUGUCAAUUCUAACUAAGGAUCUGCAUCACAUAAUGCACCUCCUGCAAGCACAAAUAGCCAUUCGUCAUUACACAGCACCUUUGUCCUCCUGUCCCUAUGGAGUCCACAUGAUGUCCAGUUCUUCUGUCAGUAUGUCUCCAGCCUACAUCUUGGGUUCCAGCAUCCACACGCAGCACAAAGAUCAUGUUGUCCCCGAGGGUCUCCUGGGGUCCACAUCUUGUAGUCACGGCAGACCUGGUGGUGGAUCUGGUUUUGAUCAGCACACUGAGAAACAGGGACACUUUCACCAGCAUGAGCCUAAUCAACACUCUCCUGUCACAGCAAAUGAGCCCUGUUCCCAUGACUGGAGUUCCAUCUACACCUCAGUUCCCUCCAAUAUCAGCCACCAUCACUUCUCUUCUGGCUCCACUCUCCUUAGCAUCAGAACAGGAACCCAGGGGCCAACACCUGGAGAGAGCCCCCGAGCAGAGGGCUUAUCACUAGGCAUUUGUGCUGGAGAUGGAGCCCAUGCCAGUAUCAGCCAGUCAAACCCUGUUUUGUUUCCUCAAAAAUUGGACAGUUCGUCUUUUCCUUGCAAGGUCACGCCAAGCUCUUAUUCACACUUACACCUUUCCACAGAACCAGCGUUUCCCUAUUCCACUCCAACGGUGGAUGAAGAGCACAGGACUCCAGAGGUGGCCCUAAAUCAGAAUGUGGUACCUUCCACUUUCCUACAAGAGAAUUCUCCACCCUCUCCAAAGGAAUUGGGCGUAGUUCACUCUUCUCUUGAGGAGUCACCUGAAGUAGAGCACACCAGUCGGGAGUGCCUACUGGGUAAUCAAAGGCUGGCCCAAGAUAGUGAGACAUCAGAGAGCAGGUCUAGCGGGUCCAGUGUAGGACUUUGUAGCCAAUCCAAGAGCUCAGAGACCACAUGGUGCCUGGAUCUGAUGGACUGACAAUGAGGACAGACUAUAAUCAAGACAUCUGCAACCAAAAUUUUCGUUUGAAUUUUAAAACCAUUUUCCUUUCAUUAUGAAUUUCAUAAGUUCAUGAGUAUGAAGAGAAAAAGCUGCUCAGCAGUUAAUCAUUUGGACCAUCACUGAAUCCAUUUUCCAUCAGUAGGGUGUCUUUGUUUGUGGCAGAGCCAGUGCCUGAUCUGGAACCUUUUCCUGUUCCGAAAAUGAAAAUUGCAGUAAUGGUGUGGAAGAACUGGCACCACACCAGCUUCUAAAACCAGCUAGUCUUAAACAAGAAAUCACAAAAUGUUAGAGGCCGGGGCCUGGAUGUGCUUACCAAGUAAGUUUUUUAAAAACAAGAAUAUAUAUCACACGUACACAAACACACACACACAACAUUAAAUAGUUCCCAUUUUUAUCAGGAAAGCUAUUAUCACUUUGUAUAUAUUUACUGUACUUUUCUGGCCACCUACACCAUAUUUGCUGUACACAACCAACUGCUUUCCUUUUUUUGUUAAAGGGAUGAUUCACUCAAAAAUGGAUAUUGUUUCAUCAUUUACUCACCCUCGUUUUUCUGAACCCAUAAGACUUUUGUUCAUCUGUAUAACAAAGUUGAAGAUUAAGAGACCACUCAAAUUUUUUCUUAAGUCAGCAUCUCCACAUGUGGCAGCCAAUCCAGUGCCUGCUGAAUUCCAACACAGGCACACCUCAUUCUUAAUGAAGUACUGAUUAGGUGAUCACCUCAACCAAAUCUUAUUUAAUGAGGAAAAGUAUAAAAAUCACUACUGUGGUCAUCACUGUUUUCUUGCAAUAGGACCAGCUGGAUGGCAAAAACAGUGCUAGUAGUACCUCAAAAGUAAUUGGAAUCUAAUAAUAACUAUUGACUAUGCCAAAAGAGUUGAAAGAUUUUUGAGUGAGGAAAAGAAGGGUUCAAUUCUGGCUUUACGGGAUACAGUGAGCGUCAGGUUGCUUCCAUCCUUAAAAUUUCAAAGAUAGUGGUUCAUAAGAACAAGGUCAAUCUGCUGACAUUGGGGACAACAAAGCUACAGACCGGCAGAGAGUGAAAACGACUCUCCACUGACCAGGAUGACCGCCAAAUCAUUCGAAUGUCACUAAACAACUGUAGAAUGACAUCAAGUGACCUACAAAAAGAAUGAAUACCGGCAGCUGGGGUGAAGUGCACGGCGAAACGGUUUGAAACAGGCUCCUAGGGCAGGGCUGAAGUCAUGCAUAGCUAGAAAAAAGCCCUUCAUCAAUGAGAAGCAAAGAAGAGCCCGGCUGAGGUUUGCAAAAGACCAUAAAGAUUGGACCAUCUCUGAUGAGUCCAAUUUCAGCUUUCCCUUUUGAAAAAAACAGCAUAUGCUGUUAGGUAUGUUUUGAAGCAUGGCUGCUGGUUUGAGCUGGUCCUUAUCUGGUCAUGAGCUGGUUUAAGCUGGUUCUUAGCUGGUCAUGUGCUAGUCCUAAGCAACUAUCUCCUGCUCAGGACAUGACCAGCUAAGGACCAGCUUAAACCAGCUCAAACCAGCAGCCAUGCUUCGAAACAUACCUAACCAGUAUAUGCUGGAUUUUUCAACAGGGUCGCCCAACUCCUGGUUGUCUAAUGCUUAGAAGGAGACCUGGAGAGGCCCACAAGCCACCCACUGUGAAAUUUGGUGGAGGAUCGAUGAUGAUCUGGGGGUGCUUCAGCAAGGCCGGAAUCGGGAACAUUUGUCUUUGUGAAGGACGCAUGAAUCAAGCCACGUACAAGGUUGUCCUGGAAGAAAACUUGCAUCCUUCUGCUCUGGUUUUUCCAGCAGGCCAAUGCUCCAUUCCACACAGCCAGACCUGAACCCCAUUGAAAACGUUUGGAAUGUGAUCAAGAAGAAGAUGGUCACAAGCCAUCAACAAAUUGAGCUGCUUGAAUUUUUGCACCAGGAGUGGCAUGAAGUCACCCAACUGAAAUGUGAAAGACUGGAGGAGAGCAUGCCAGGAUGCAUGAAAGCAGUGACCGAAAAUCAGGGUUAUUCCACCAAAUACUGAUUUCUGAACUUCCGAAGUAAAAAAAAAAGAAGCAUUAGUAUUGUGUUGUUUACAAAUGAAUAUGAACUUCUCAUUAUUGAGGUCUGAAAACACUGCAUCUUUUUUGUUAUUUUGACCAGUUGUCAUUUUCUGCAAAUAAAUGCUCUAAAUGACAAUAUGUUUAUUUGGAAUUUGGGAGAAAUUUUGUCAGUAGUUUAUAGAAUAAAACAAAGAUGUUCAUUACUCAAACACAUACAUAUAAAUAGUAAAACCAGAGAAACCAAUCAUUUUUCAGUGGUCUCUUAAAUUUUUCCAGAGCUAUAAAGCAAAUAUAGUAAACAGAAGCUCAAAUGUGGGUCCAAUUCAACAACCUUUUUGGUAACACUUCACAAUAAAGUUCCAUUAGUUGACCUCAGUUACUGCAUUAACUAACAAUGAGCAAAACAUUUUUUGCAUGAUGUCUUAAUCUUUGUUAACAUCAGUUGAUAAAAAAUACAAUUCUUUAUUAGUCCAUAUCAGCUCAAGUCCAUUAAAUAACAUUAACAGGUAUAAUCCUGCUCAGUCCUCACCGUAGGACACUAAAAACAGAAGAAAUCGUUCUUACAAAAUUGUCUGCUGGAAGUUAUUUCUGAUAAAUGUUUUUAAUUUCUGUUAUAUGGACCAGCAUCUUACGUUGCACUACUAUAUACUGUAUAUAAAAACGUCAGCUCAUUAUCCAUUAGAUGAUCAACUAAAAAUGCAAACUAAUUUUGAAACUGCUUUAUCUUUUCAGAAACUCGGUUCCUGGUAUUCCAUCUCGUUCUCAAAAACUGUUAAACUAUGCAAAGCUACAUAUGAAUUAUGUCAUCAAAUGAAGAGUAUCUUCACUAAAAAAAGGAGAAAAAACUGGCUACUGUACUGUCUGUGUUCAUGA